AUAAUAAAAGAGUUGCUGCUGCGCCGUAGCGGCCGGUUGUUUGUCCCAACGAAACCGCAGCAGCGGCAACAGCUGGGAGAGAUUCUAAGUGAGAGAACGGUGUCUUUGCUGCGCGUCUCAAUCUCUGCUCACUCGAGAGAUUGAGCUCACAUUCGGAGGAUUUCGAUCCCGGUAAUGCUUUCCUUAUAUCCGGAUGACUUUUCUCCUUUUUCGGUGCGAAUUUUCUUGAUCUCGAGACCCGUCGUUGUUUCGUGGUGGUUUGUUUAGAGGUAUCUCUCCUUUGUCUUGUUCACCUUAAUCGUUGGAUUAAUUUCUUCCAUUUGAUCGGGUGUAUUUCAUUUUAAGAGAGAGAGUUUGGAUUCUUUCUCUCCACUCCGAGUCAUCUGAUUCGAUUCCUUGCGGGAAUUCCCCAAAUUUUAUCCACUCGCUUGCUUUUCUUCCCCCCCCCCCCCCCCCCUCGCCCCUACAUUUGAUCCCUUUCCUCUUUGUUGAGGUCUUCGGAGGCCUUGUUCCGUUUGAUUUCUCAUCGUUGCUUGGGUUUUCUUGGCGAGCUGUAAAGCGAGUGAAGGAAUCAGUUGGGACAAAGCAAACCUUCUCUGGGUUUAUUAAAUGCUUAGAUCUAGGUUUUAUUCAAGGUAAAUCGGGGAAGAAGAAGAAAGGGGCCGUUUUGGAAAGUUGCUAUCGCUACAAAGACUUGAGAUCGCUCUAAACCGAAGCAAUCUUGGAGCUUGUUCCAGUAGAAAUGGUGACGAAAUCUUACUCCAAUCUGUUGGAGUUGGCCUCCGGCGAGUCCCCUUCCCUUGGCCGAAUCAGCCGCGGCAUUCCCCGCGUCGUGACGGCACCCGGCAUAGUCCCUGACCUCGAUGACUCCGAUGACGAUGCGUCCAAUGCAUCGUCAGAUCGAUCAUCCCUCACACCCCAUGACCGAACCAUUAUUGUCGCCAACCAGCUUCCCAUCCGUGCCCAGCGCCGCCCUGAAGGUCGCGGCUGGAUUUUCUCCUUGGACCAAGAUUCCCUCCUCCUCCAGCUCAAAGAUAGUAUACGCGAGCAUGCCGAUAUGGAUUUUGUCUACGUGGGCUGCCUCCGCGAGGAAAUUUUAGCUUCCGAGCAAGAUGAGGUUGCCCAGAUACUGUUGGAGACCUUCAAGUGUGUGCCUGUCUUCCUUCCGGCGGAUCUCCGCUCUCGGUUCUAUCAUGGCUUCUGUAAGCAGCAGUUGUGGCCUCUCUUCCAUUAUAUGCUUCCGCUGUCCCCUGAUCUUGGUGGACGGUUCGAUCGCAAUCUAUGGCAAGCAUAUGUCUCGGUUAACAAGAUCUUUGCCGAUAUGAUCCUUGAGGUCAUCAAUCCAGAUGACGAUUUUGUUUGGGUCCAUGAUUACCACCUCAUGGUCCUUCCCACGUUCCUCAGGAAGCGGUUCAAUAGGGUAAAGCUUGGCUUUUUCUUGCAUAGCCCCUUCCCCUCGUCGGAGAUCUACAGGACAUUGCCGGUCAGGGAGGAGCUUCUGCGAGCACUACUGAAUUCUGAUCUGAUUGGGUUCCACACGUUUGAUUAUGCCCGUCAUUUCUUAUCCUGCUGUAGUCGGAUGCUUGGGCUCAGCUACGAAUCCAAGAGAGGUUAUAUCGGGCUCGAGUAUUAUGGUCGCACAGUAAGCAUCAAAAUACUUCCUGUUGGGAUCCAUAUGGGCCAGCUUGGCUCGGUGUUAAACCUUCCAGAGACGGAGGUGAAAGUUGCAGAUCUCAUCAAGCAGUUCUGCGACAGGGGUCGAGUGAUGCUGCUUGGAGUUGAUGACAUGGAUAUAUUCAAGGGAAUCAGCUUGAAACUGUUGGCCUUUGAGCAGCUACUUAUGCAACAUCCAGAGUGGCGAGGAAAGGUGGUUUUAGUUCAGAUUGCAAAUCCAGCUAGGGGACGGGGGAAGGAUGUGAAAGAAGUACAGGAUGAGAGCUAUGCAAUGGUGAAGCGGAUCAAUGAAGCUUUCGGGCUUCCUGGCUACAAGCCUGUAAUUCUAAUAGAUAAGCCACUCCAGUUCUACGAGAGAAUGGCCUACUAUGUAGUGGCAGAAUGUUGUUUGGUGACAGCAGUCAGGGAUGGAAUGAAUCUUAUUCCUUAUGAGUACAUCAUCGCACGGCAUGGGAAUGACAAGUUGGAUAAGGUUUUAGGCUUGAGCCCCUCCAACCCAAAGAAGAGCAUGUUAGUUGUUUCGGAGUUCAUCGGCUGUUCUCCUUCCCUAAGCGGGGCCAUUAGGGUGAAUCCAUGGAAUAUUGACACAGUGGCCGACGCAAUGGCCUCAGCCUUGGAAAUGGCCGAUGCAGAGAAACAGUUACGGCAUGAGAAGCACCACAGGUAUGUGAGCUCCCAUGAUGUUGGGUACUGGGCCAAGAGUUUUUUACAGGAUUUGGAGAGGAGUUGCAAAGAACAUAACAGGAGGAGGAGCUGGGGAAUAGGGUUCGGAUUGAAAUUUAGAGUUGUGUCUCUUGACUCAAACUUCAGGAAGCUUGUUAUGGAACAUAUUGUUUCUGCAUACAGGAGAACUAGCACUCGGGCCAUCCUUCUGGAUUAUGAUGGCACUUUGAUGCCGCAGGCAUCAAUUGAUAAGAGUCCGAGCCCCAAGUCUAUUGAGAUCUUGAACAGCUUGUGUAAUGAUAAAAACAAUCUGGUUUUUCUAGUGAGUGCACGAAGCCGAAGCACCUUAAGUGAUUGGUUUUCUCCUUGUGAGAAUCUAGGAAUGGCCGCAGAGCAUGGCUGCUACUUUAGGUUGAGGAGAGAUGCGGAUUGGGAAACAUGUGUUGCAGUCGCAGAUCAUAGCUGGAAACAAAUUGCUGAGCCUGUAAUGAGCUUGUACGCCGAAUUAACCGACGGCUCUACAAUCGAAAACAAGGAAACUGCACUGGUUUGGAGCUAUGAAGAUGCUGAUCCAGAUUUCGGAUCUUGUCAAGCCAAGGAACUUCUAGACCAUCUCGAGAGUGUACUUGCUAACGAACCAGUUUCCGUGAAAAGUGGACCAAACAACGUUGAAGUUAAACCACAGGGUGUGAGCAAAGGCCUUGUAGCUGAGCGACUACUCUCGACCAUGAAAAAGAGGGGUUUGUCACCGGACUUCGUACUCUGUAUAGGGGAUGAUCGAUCCGAUGAGGAUAUGUUUGAAGUGAUAACCACCAGCAUGUCUGAUUCCUGGUUAUCCCCUUCGGCUGAAGUGUUUGCUUGCACUGUCGGUCAAAAACCCAGCAAAGCCAAGUACUAUCUUGAUGAUACAGCAGAGAUCGUUAGGUUGAUGCAGGGACUGGCUUCGGUUUCAGAGCAGACACCGAGGAGUUCAGGACCAUUGUGAGACUGAUCUUUUACUUUGCACACAGAUACAGCAAGCGGAAUUGUUUCUGGCUUGACUGGCCUUUUGUUGUAACUUUGGUAGCAUAGAGCGCAACCAAAUCCUCAUCUUUUCUUGUCACUUUUGUCAACUAGGUUGUAUAUAUUACAAUUCUCAUGAUGAGUGCCUUUUAUGUUGUUUGA